AUGAAGGGCGCCUUUACAAAGAAAAAUCUCACAAUUUCGCGGCUUGACGCAAUGCAGUACAAAUGCAAGUUCACAAGGUAAUCGCUAAUCUCUGGAAAGUCGUGUUCAAUACACGUGAUCUGUUACAAAUCGAUUCUCUGUAAUCUUCUUUCAUCUUGCGUGUGUUUAAUCAGCGGUCACCUCUUCACCAUCACAAGAUUGCAUCAUCACAAGAGAAUGUUCGGUAUACGACUACUGAACAGAUCGGCGAUCGCCUCAACAAGUACGCCUAUUGCUUGCACAUCAAGUGCGGCUCGAUGGACUUCUCAGAGGCAUUUCUCCCUCACAAGAAUAUUGAAGGAAGAAAAGUCAAAUGAGUCCACAAACUCAUCACAAUCAUCGACAGGAACCAAUAAAGAAGCAGAAAUUGCAAGUGCACAAUGGAGAGAUGUUGGAAGAUUAGCUCAAGACACUACAACAGAAGAUAUACGAUCCUUAAAUGAAAAAAGUAUGCAAUUAUGGCGGAAUGCAUUAAAAUCCGUUGGUGCUCCACCAUCUCAAUCUCCACUUUCUGUUCGUAGUUUUGAACAAGCAGCGCGAAAGCGAACACAUUUAGAAGAAAUGGAACAUCAAUGGAAAAAUCGUAAAAUACUUGGACCUGAUCGUAAUGCAAUUCCAAGUGAUGGUAGAUCAGUACCUGUCAGGCAAGAUUUGAGUAGAGCAAUGGCAAAUUUGAACAGCAUUUUCAGAGUAAACAAUAUUCGAACCGAACUUCGAUUAGGUGAACGAUACGAAAAGCCAAAUCAAAAACGCAGAAGAUUGGCCAGCGAAAGACACAGAAGAAGAUUCGCACAUAUGGUACGAGAAAAGGUUCAAUUGAUUAUGUAUCUCAAAUCUCGGGGAGCAUGAUUGACGAAAUAAGAAUAUUCUAGAAUAGAAUUGAGGGGAAUGAAGGGUCUCUCUGGGGAGCUGUACAAUACAAGUGCUUGUGACAAUAAGAAAUCAUUGCAUGAGUAAUAAUGAUACGUCAUACAUUAU